AUGGGAUCUUAAUAAGGAAAAGGUGAAAUUAAAGGAGGACAUCUACCCCCUGAAACUGGAUCAAUCAAAUUUCAAGCUGAUCCUAAACAGAACUAGAAAAGUUUAGCGAAAUUAGAUAGUAAAAAACGAGCUAAAUCUCCUAUAGAUUCGAAACCUUCUUCAUAAGGCUCGUAAGCUGCAUUAUCUUAGAGAGUAUAACCUACCUUAUCUUCAAAAAUAAAGAGUAUGAAAGUCUAAGUUCCUCCAGAAUAGAGCUAAUUAGGCUAGGCAGAAGAAAACUAAAGAAAAGCAAUGAGUAUGAUUGUUCCAAAUGAAGGCAAACCGAAAGCAAAAAAAGGAGUUAGAAUAGCUGGAGAUGAUUUUGAAGAUUAAAAAUAGGCCCCAUCGAAUGCACCUCCUAAUUAAUCAAUAAAAGAGAUGCCCAAAAAUUAAUCUGCUCUCAAGGCAAGUUCUAACAUGAAAACAUCUGCUCUUCAAUAAGAGCUUGCUGCUUAAACUAAACAGUCAAAUAAUAUUCCCCCGACAAAAGGAUAACCGGUUAAUAAAGUGGAAUAAGCAGUUACCAAAAAUAUACAGCAAAAGGUGCAGCCUGUUAAAAAAUCUCCUUCGAGAUAAAAUUCAAAAGAUAAAAAGUAGUCAGUUAAAUCUUAAGCCUCUAAUUUGCCAAAAAAGCGAAAAAUGAGAGAAGUAACAGACGGGAAAAGAUAAAGAUAUGUUUAAGAAACAAGUAGAGUCAUUAAUCUUCAAACUGCCAAGUAAAUGGAUUUAAUGCUUUGUGUUAAGGAGGAUUAAAUUGCAAUAGCUCAGCAUAUUAUAAAGAGUUACCAAUUAAUUGAUGUGAUAGAUGUAAGAGGAUUUGAAGAAUAUAUCACUAUAAAAGUAUCUUUAGAUAUUUCUGGAAAACUGCCAGAUUCAAGGCAAAAGGAACUUGAAAAAACUUAUAAUACUAAACUAUGGAACCCUCUUAAUUGGGCAAUGUACUUACAGAAAUCUCAGUAUUUAAGCUAAUUCUUCUAGAUUCUGCCAAUUCAUUUGACUCAUUCCUUGGAUCUGAAUCCUGGGAAAUUUGACCUUGAGUCUAAUGAUGAGAUCCUAUAUCUGAAUAAAGGAAAAAUGUAGUCUCUUUGCUUUUGUAUUUAUAAUAAGAACUGGGAUGAUUUUUAUCUUGUCUGGACAUAGAGUUUUAGAUACUUAUCAGGUUGGUAUGUUUUCUCAGCAUUGAGAGCAUUUGUUGAAAGUGAGUGGGAUAUGGGUAUCUAAAGAUUUCUAUUAAAUGAGUAAACCUAUAAAAUCAUCAGAGCAAUCCCUUUGAAGAAUAGGGAUGAAUUAAUCCACAACAUGCGACAGUUUUCAUACUUAAAAGCCCGCCAAAUAAAUUUAUUGAGUGUUAUUGAGGAAUUAAUUGAUUAGAUUGUUUUAAGAUUGGAUAAAGAUGAAAAAUUAAGCAAGCAUCAGACUAUUACUACCGAGUUAUUUGAAAUUAUCAAAAAGGAUGAUGUUUAAUAGCUAGAAUAGAUUAUGCUUAAGCAUUAAAUUACAGAUAUAUCAAUGUAUACUGGCUAGCACUAUAAAGGACAAUCAGAUCUUACAACAUAUUAUAAAUCGCCAGUAGAUAUGCUUUCUUAGACAAUAAGACCUAGUCAAAUUAACCCGAUGAUUUUAGCAAUCAUCAGCAACUCAUAGAAGUGUCUCGAAUUAUUGACUCUGAGAUCAGAAAUCAACCUAUUUUAUUCUACUGCUAAACCUGGAAGUUAUGAUCAUUCAGAUACAUGCCCACUAAAAAAUCAGAUAUUUCCUUUGACCUACACCAUAGUAAAUGAAUACUUUGAUAUGUUUCAGUACUUUUUCGAACAAAUGUAUUCUCUCUGGAGAGCCGAGCAAAUUAAACUUAUCAUAGAUGAAAUCAUAGAGUCUCAAAAUCCAACUCUUAUUGAGUAUAUUUUUACUCAUUAGAGGACACAUGUUCUCUUUAACUAUUUAUCUUAUGUCGAUCGACAAUUACUUAUGGGUUAUUUACUUAUCAGUAAAGAUCAAAGUUUGCUUGAGGUGAUUGAACCUCAUCUUAAACAAAAGCCUUAUCUUGGACCAUAUGUUUUUCAUAUAGUGGCAAACCUUGAGAUUAUAUAAGAUAAAUUUUCUGAAGAGAUGUGUGAUUUAAUCAAUGAUGAGGACAUAGCUGAUUAUAUAGAAGGAGUUGGGAGUAAUCAAGCACUUUAUACGGUAAGUGAAUUAUGCAUUUCUUGCCCAGGAGGAAUUGAAAACAUUCCUGGAUUGGAAGUUUUUAUCGAUAGAAUUGAAAACAAUUACAUGUACUUUUGA